UCGGCGGGGCCAUUUUGGGGGCAGUAAGACCCAGCGCGGAGCCCGAGCGACCCAGCGCGAGACACCGACCCACCCGACGCGCCGCGCGCCAGCACGCGGCCACCACCGACCGCCCCGGAGAGACGCAAUGAGCGAGGCGGCGCAGACCAGCCCCACGGCGGCGGCCCCCCCAUCCCCCACCGGCCCCCCCGCCGCCGCGCCGGCCUCCCCGGCCCAGGACGCCAAGCCCAAGAGCCCCGCUAGCCCCAGCGCCCCGGCGGGCAGCGCCAGCGGAGACGCGGCCCCCGCCGCCCCCGCCAGUGACAGCAGCAGCGCGGCCCCCGCCGCGGACACGGAGAAGAAAGUUCUGGCCACUAAAGUUCUUGGCACUGUCAAGUGGUUCAACGUCAGAAACGGAUAUGGCUUUAUCAACAGAAAUGACACAAAAGAAGAUGUGUUUGUUCAUCAGACCGCGAUCAAGAAGAACAACCCACGGAAAUACCUACGCAGUGUUGGUGAUGGAGAGACUGUAGAAUUUGAUGUGGUCGAGGGAGAGAAGGGUGCAGAAGCAGCCAAUGUCACUGGUCCAGAUGGAGUCCCCGUGGAAGGCAGUCGUUAUGCUGCAGACAGGCGCCGUUAUCGACGUGGCUAUUAUGGCAGACGCCGUGGACCACCUCGUAAUUACCCGGGUGAGGAGGAGGAGGAGGAGGGGAGCGGGAGCAGUGAAGGAUUGGAUCCUCUCAUCACCGAAGGGCAUAUCCCAGGGUCACGGAACCAGCUGCGCCGCCCACAAUACCGGCAGCGCUUCUUCCCACCUUACCGCGCGGGACAGACCUUUGACCGCCGCUCACGGGUCUAUUCCCAUGCUGAUGGCACGCAGGGUGGUGAUGGAGAAAUCAAGGAUGGGGUCCCAGAAGGAGCACAGCUUCAUCAGCAAAUCCAUCGGAAUCCCUCCUAUCGCGCACGCUAUCGCAGGGGACCCCCACGUCCACGGCCUGCACCAGUGGUCGGAGAGGCUGAAAACAAGGAGAACCAGCACGAGGCUAAUGCUAUGAGCCAGCAGCCAUCCCGUCGUGGAUACCGGCGCCCAUACAAUUAUCGGCGCCGACCCCGCCCGCCCAAUGCUCCAUCCCAAGAUGGCAGUGAGACCAAGGUGGCCGAAACACCUGCCGAGAACCCUGCUCCAGUGACCGAGCAGAGCAGUGCUGAAUAAUGUCCGGCUCCCGAGGCACCUUUACCAUCCCUCAGGUGUCCUAAAGUGUAAUUACAAAAAUAACACCAAAGAAAGAUCCAAGCAAUAAAA